AUGGGGAAGGGCAAGGCCGUGCUUGCGCUGCUCGCCAUCAUUGCCGUUAUCGCUGCGAGUCCCCUGCAGGCGUCCCAGGCAACAGCCGCAGUGGUUGGCACGUGGAUGGAGAUCAGCGGCCGCUCUCGCACCUUCAACGCGCGCCGCUGUGCCGCCAUUCCAGCCUCGCUAGCCGUCGGCGGGAAGAGGCCAAUGCAGGUGUGGUGGCUGAAGGGAAACAAGACUGCUUGCACGGCGAUUCAGUUCUUCCAGAAGUCCAAGUGCACGGGGAAGACGGUGGACACUCUCGCGCAAGGCGAGCAGAGGUCCCCCCUUAGCAAGGCAGUCAAGUCCGCCCGCUGCAUCAUUGCUGCCAGCAACGCCACCGCUUCUGCCAGCAGCACCACCGAUUCUGCCAGCAGCACCACCGAUUCUGCCAGCAGCACCACCGAUUAUGACGCAGAGAGUUCAAGCACAAGCGAAUGUGGCUACGACAGAGUCAACCCGUGCAUGGGGGGCACGUGCAUCGACCGUGGCGCCAACCGGACCUGCGUUUGUCGGCCUAACCACCGCGCGAUUGUUUACGACUGUGGGGGCGAUUAUUGCCAUAGCUGUGGUGCGGAUUGGGAGCCCAUUUCGUCCAUCACAGUCGUGGGCAGCGACUGGAGCUGCGAGGACGUGUACACCAUGUAUGGCCUCACGCUGCAGCAGUUCACCGACUUGAACCUGGGUGUCGACUGCUCCGCUCUCCUUCCUCAGGGUAGCGAGCUCGUGGUGAAAGAGCUUCUGCCAGCUUGCUCUGCCUUCUACUACGUCCGGCCGGCCGACACAUGCUCGUCCGUGACUCAGUUUCUCAACAUCACUGAGGAAAACCUGCUGCGGCUCAACCCCAAUAUUACCUGCCCUUCUAGUCUCCCCGCGUUCCGUUCUCUCUGUGUGGAGCGCGACCCAACCAAGGCCAGGCCGAGUUGUGUGACAGAGAUAGAGAUCAGCAAAGUGGUGGACUUCAAGAAGGUGGCGGCAUCCUAUAACCUCACCAUGGUGGACCUCUGCAGGCUCAAUCCCUGGAUCUCCUUCCGCAGUUCCCGGCGCGGAAUUGAUGGUCUGUGUUUCAACGCCUUCGAUCGGCGCAACGCGGCGGCGCUGGAGUUUUUGGCGCAAUGCAACUCGCAGAAGGCGCGCGACUCGAACCCCAAAUGCGACGUCGCCGUGAAGCGACGCACCGACGACCAUCCUCCCUUCGUUCAGGUCACGUUCAAUAACGGGCAAGAGGAGACCAUGGACUGCACUCAGUUGACUGCGCAGAGCAUCCGCAAGUCCAUCCUGCAGCGAGCGGAGGAGAUGGAGACGGAGCAGAUGUUCAAGGAUGCGGGGCUGCAGUGGCCUGUGGUCAUUCCGGAGCAAGAGGCGCAGCUGGCCCAACGCAUGCAGGGGAAGAGGAGAUGA